AAACAACCAUCACACAAAUAUUUUGGUUUUGGUUAAAAUAUCUUCGAUUUAUAAUACCACGAACAAAUCAAUUAAUUCCAUCUAAUCCAUAAUUCUGGAGAAUCAAGAUAUAAAUUCAGUUUUGGGUUUUAAUUUUUAAAUAUAAAUUAAGUGUGACUAUAUUUUGAAAGUUGGAAAGUUUCAAUUGAAUAACAUUUUUAAAAAUUAUUUCCGUAUAACGUUACCUACAAAACAUGAGUAACAAUACAUUUUUGUCGACUCGCAUGAUGGCUGGAGCAGCUAUCGUGGGACUGGUGGGUGCUGCAGGUGUCUUCAUAUAUGAACAAAUCUAUGCAGAAAAAAGAAGAGCUAUGUUAGUGAGGGAGGUUGCCCGGCUUGAUAAACAAGUUUCAUCAAUGAGAUCAGAAUUAGAAGCCUUAAGAGAGCUCCAAAAAGAAACUCAACUUCGACGCAUGAAGCAAAAGCGUAGUCCUAGACCAAAAGAAGUUAAAACACCUAAAGCUGCACCCUCGGGAGAUACAGUUGAUGCUCCUGAACAAAGCUAUGCCUCUGAUUCUGAAUAUUUUACUGACUAUCAAUCCGUUAUAGGUACUGACGGUGAAAUGGACAGUGAGGAGUUCUAUGAUGUCCCCACAGAUGAUGAAGAUGACACAUUGCGUGAGUCACUGCGCAAUGGACAUGCUGCAAACCUCACCCUGGACAGUGAUAAAUCAGAUAAUUUAGAUCUUCCAGUACAACAAAAUGUUAAGGAAAAUAGCACAUAGCCAACAUAUAAAAUAAGGUCCUUAGUGAAGCAUAAUUGGAUUUAGUUGGUGUUAGCAAUGGUUUAGGCAUAGAAUUGUUAUAGGAGGCUAACAUAGGUCAAAUGAAAUCUAUAUUCAAUUAAUACCAAAACAUGUAUUCCUUGUUAUAAGUAAAUCAAUGCAAACUAACUUACUGGUUUGGUAUAUGAAUAAUUCUGAUUUUAAUAAUAUUCUAUUUCACUCAUAGUAAAAAUGACAUGUAUAAUGUAAUAUGGUAAAAUUAUUAUGUAUUGUAUAAUCUAGACAUAAUAUUUGCCUUAAUAUAAAGACUUACAACCAUUUAAUUCUCAAAUAGAUUAGUAAUGUGACCAUAUGUAGAUCUUAAUCUAGUAUUUGGUGCUAUCUUGAUAGCUACUUAGAAAUUUAGGACAUGAACUUUUUAAAUAGAAAUUGAUGUUAUGUAUAAUCAAUGAAAUUAUAUGAUUGACAGGUUUUUUUUUGUGAAGUUGGCAAUAAAUAAUUGUUAUUCAUAUGUCCAUCUUGCUUUAUCUUUGCAACAUAAUUAAACACAGAAUUCUUGUAUUUUUAAGAUCAUUAAUGAGUUACUGAGUUUAAUAUAUUUAAUCAGUGGCUUGCGAUGUAUUAUGACUAAAUGUAACUAAUUAUUUUUAAAAACAUAUAAUCUUUUGGGUAAAAAAUAAGAAGUACACAAAUGUAAAUGCACUUAUAUCUGUAUGUAUUUGAAUGAUGAAGACAUGACUGACUUGUGUAGUAUCAAUCAAACCCAGUUAUUAUAUUCUUAUAUUAAGAUAUUUUUGUUCUUUGGUAUCAUAAUUAUGUUUUUCGGAAAGAUUUGGUAAAAUUGUGUUUUUGGUUAUUUAUAUUGAAAAUAUUCAGUUAGGUUUAAUUUGUUACAUGUUAACAUAUUAAUGGGUUUAACAAUAUGUAUUGCAUAGUAUUUGCUCAACCACAAAAGGUAAAACCGACAUAUGAGGAUUUUUUCAAAUUUCACUUAUUUAUACAGUUCACUCUAAGUAAUUUUAAACUAUUAGAAAUAAACAAGUAUUUAUCUUUUAUCUAUAGCUCAAAAUAUUGGGUUAUUUUUAACUAAUUCAU